UCCUCUCCCUAGAGUACAACGUUGCAGUGUUUGUCACCAAUCAGAUGACUGCAGACCCUGGAGCUGGGAUGUCGUAAGUGACUAACCUGAUGUAGUGACUAGGGGUCGGUUUGGAAUUGGACGGAAACUCACUCACUUGGCUAAAGUUCUAACAUGUUUUGGCCUGUAAUUCUGAUCUGAGGGUUUCUCUUGUCUUUGUCAGGUUCCAAGCUGACAGGUAAUUUGUCUUAAAGUUCACUUACUCAAUAUAUGUUCUCAUUAUUCCUUAGUAAUAAAUCAUUGUAAAGAAGUGGUCAAAUAGGAUUUUCUCACCUAUAGAGAAAGAUCUACCUCCUCUCAUAGAUUCAUUAUUUUCCAUGGUCUCCUGCAGUCCUGAGAUGCCUGAAAACGAGGCCACUUUCGCCAUCACUCCGGGAAUUGCUGAUGCCAAAGAGUGAAAGACCCUCAUGGAUUCACCAUUAGGCAGCUUUUUUCAAAUCAUAACUGAUUUGAAUACUUAUACUGUUUCUCUGUACUAUUUAAUGUUAGAAUGUUUGUUGUUGGGUUUUGUAAAAUACAGGAUGUGUAUACUCUGAUUAGUAUACUGUUUUUAAUGUUCAUAUUUACCGGUUUACUGAGUGGAGCUAGACAGCUUUACGUUCAACCCCACCUUCCAGAAUGCAUUAUUCUGUAGUUCCAUUACCCCCUCGAGGAGCCAUCCUAGCGGUUCGUUGUGGAACUGUAGGUUUACGUCUCUCUCUCUCUCGUCGGUCUCGUCUCCGUGAGACACCGGCUCACCAUAUGCCUCCCAAAACAAGACACAGUGAAGCAUCGCGAAUUAUUUUAACAUAAGUAGCUAGAUAACAGAACGGACAUCAAGCCAGUUGCGUUUUUCACAGUCAAGCCAGCUAGCUAGCUUAGCUAACUCUGCCAUGGACCCGCGAGACACAGCCCCGGAUUCGUGGGAGCAGGAGGAGGAUGCCGAGGCCCGAGCCGCCGCGGGACUCCAGUCCGCUCUCGCCGCUCUCAACGUCAAUGCCAAGCCGUUUGUCCCGAAUGUCAACGCGGCGGUGUUUGUACCGACCUUCUUUCAAAGCAGCCCCACGGAAAUCCCAAUAUCCGACGGUCACGGUGCUGACCCAGUUGCCAGCAUGGAGCUGUCAGAAACAGUUGCUCCAGUGGAGAACGGAGGAGGGACAGAAGCAGACAUGAUGGUGGAGGUGGAGACGUGGGAGCAGAAAGAGGAGCCCGGGGAAGGAGAACCAGGAGGAGGGGGAGCCCUGGGAGGAGAGGGGGGUUCCAGUGAGGAGGUGCAGGGAAAUGAGGAGGAGGAGAUGAUGGAAGAGGAGGAGGAGCUGCCCAUGCUCAAAGUAAUCCCCCUCCCACCAGACGCCCCGAAGAAGGAGCAUGUCAAUGUGGUGUUCAUCGGGCAUGUGGAUGCUGGUAAAUCAACUAUUGGAGGUCAGAUCAUGUAUUUGACAGGAAUGGUAGAGAAAAGAACACUGGAGAAAUAUGAAAGAGAAGCCAAAGAAAAGAACAGAGAAACAUGGUACCUGUCCUGGGCUCUGGACACCAACCAGGAGGAGAGAGACAAGGGGAAGACGGUGGAGGUGGGGAGAGCCUACUUUGAGACAGAGAAAAAGCACUUUACUAUCCUGGAUGCCCCCGGCCACAAAAGCUUUGUCCCCAACAUGAUCGGUGGGGCGUCACAGGCUGACCUGGCAGUGCUGGUGAUCUCGGCCAGAAAAGGAGAGUUUGAGACAGGCUUUGAGAAGGGGGGUCAGACGCGGGAGCACGCCAUGCUGGCCAAGACGGCUGGAGUCAAACACCUCAUCGUCCUCGUCAACAAGAUGGACGACCCCACUGUCAGCUGGAGCUUGGAAAGGUAUGAGGAAUGUAAAGAGAAGUUGGUGCCAUUUCUGAAGAAGGUGGGCUUCAACCCAAAGAAGGACAUCUACUUCAUGCCUUGCUCUGGGCUGACGGGAGCCAACCUGAAGGAGCCCAUAGAGGAGUGCACAUGGUACACGGGGUUGCCAUUUAUCCCACAUCUGGACAGCCUGCCAAGCUUCAACAGAAUCACAGAUGGCCCUGUCAGAUUACCCAUCGUAGACAAAUACAAGGAUAUGGGCACUGUGAUCCUGGGGAAGCUGGAGUCUGGGUUCAUUGCCAAAGCCCAGCAGCUGGUCAUGAUGCCUAACAGGCACACAGUGGAGGUGCUGAGCCUGCUGUCUGACGAGGUGGAGACAGAUGAAGCUGUUCCUGGAGAGAACUUGAAGCUAAGGCUGAAGGGCAUCGAGGAGGAGGAGAUCCUGCCUGGCUUCAUCCUCUGUAAUGCUGAGAACCUCUGCCACUCCGGACGCACUUUUGACGCUCAGAUUGUCAUCAUUGAGCAUAAAUCCAUCAUCUGCCCAGGUUACAACGCAGUCCUACACAUCCACACCUGUAUUGAAGAAGUACAAAUCACAGCCUUAAUCUGUCUAGUGGACAAGAAGACCGGUGAGAAGAGCAAGACGCGACCUCGCUUUGUCAAACAGGACCAGGUGUGCAUCGCCCGGCUACGUUGUGCUGGAACCAUCUGCCUUGAGACCUUCAAAGACUUCCCACAGAUGGGGAGGUUCACCCUACGAGAUGAAGGCAAAACCAUUGCUAUUGGCAAAGUGCUGAAGCUGGUACCAGAGAAGGACUAAUGUGAAGCAGCAUGGAAUCCUGGGACAGUUGUCAUGAAAGAGAAGGAAGCUGCUGACGCCUACCUAGCCAGCCACCCCCUCUUACAUACCACUAUCUGUUGAAGACGAGGAGGAGAACAAAUCAUGUUUGAAAAUAAAGAAGAAACUUAAAAAAGUGACUGAAUCAGUUUUUAUGAUGAACAAUGUUAAUGAAAGACAAGUCCAGUGUGUCAGCUUUCUCAUAUUGAGAGCUCAGCUAUGCCACUAAUGUAGCCACUACCCUUUCCCAGGCCAACCUCACUCUGUGCUGGUCCACCUUUUGUUUUGGAAAUGGGAAUGUAUGCGUUGUGACUUCGUUUGGAAAGGAAGGGACUAGCGUUGCAUCCGGUUGCAUCAUGUUUGGACCAUAAUUAGCUAGUUAUACGCAUUCAAAUCCCAAAUAUUAUACCGAAAUGGUAAUAUUUUGGUUGUAGGUAUCGCCAUACCAAAAUCAUAAUCUGGUAUGUUCACACGCACACAAUGAAACAAACAUGGUUCCUGUUGUGAACGUGUGUUGUCAUGUUACCAAUCAACAACAAUGAAAAUAAAGUAUCAAACUGAGAGAGAAAAAUUAAA